UAGUGGCCUAUGGGUGAGAGCACGGUGAAGAGGACAUGGUAUAAAAAGAGUUGAGGGCCCAGGCAGACAGCACAUAGAGAGAGAGGCAACUUUUCUGAACAAAUUUUUAUAAACGAGGAAUAUAUUCACAAAAACAGGAAGCUUUGCAAAUACAGCGUUAAUCACUGCCUGUUAUCAGAAAAGCCACCAUGGCACAACUCAUGAAUUACUGGAUAUGUUUACUUGCUCUAUCAAUGACAGCAACCUCCAGCUAUGCCUUGAGAAGAAUCAGCCUGCACAAGAUGCCAUCCAUCAGAGAGACGCUGAGGGAGAUGGGUGUUUCUGUGGAGCAGGUGUUGAGUGAGCUGACUCUAAAGACGACAGAUGAACCAAACAACGGGACUGUUCCCACACCUCUAACCAAUUACUUGGAUACUCAGUACUAUGGGGAAAUCAUCAUCGGAUCUCCGGCACAGAUGUUCAACGUGGUGUUUGACACAGGCUCAGCAAACCUGUGGGUGCCCUCGCAAAGCUGCUCCCCUUUCUCCACUGCAUGUUUUACCCACAAUAGGUAUGAUUCCUCCAAAUCUCGGACUUAUGUCCAGAACGGAACUGGAUUUUCCAUCCAGUACGCCUCUGGAAAUGUCAGGGGAUUUCUCAGCGAGGAUGUGGUUGUGGUUGGUGGUAUUCCUGUAGUGCAGGUGUUUGCUGAAGCUACCUCACUGUCUGCCAUGCCCUUCAUCUUCGCCAAAUUUGACGGAGUCCUGGGGAUGGGCUAUCCAAACGUGGCCAUCGAUGGCAUCACUCCUGUGUUUGACCGUAUCAUGUCUCAGCAUAUCCUCAGGGAAGAAGUGUUCUCUGUCUACUAUAGCAGAGAUCCAAAACACUCCCCUGGAGGAGAGUUGGUCCUCGGUGGCACAGAUCCAAAUUACUACACUGGAAACUUUAAUUAUAUGAACACCAGAGAAAUGGGCAAAUGGGAGGUAACCAUGAAAGGGGUUUCUGUGGGGAUGGAAAUGAUGUUUUGUGCUGAAGGCUGCACAGCUGUGAUCGACACAGGCUCCUCCUACAUCACGGGCCCGGCCUCCUCUGUGUCCAUGCUCAUGAAAACCAUUGGAGCAGAGCAGGACGAAAGUGGAUACAAAGUCAACUGCAACACUGUCAAGACGUUGCCAAGCAUCGGUUUCCACCUGGGUGGCCACGAGUACUCACUCACUCAGGAGGAUUAUAUCCUCUGGCAAUCACAGAUCGAAGGGGAUGUCUGCACUGUCACCUUCAGGGGCUUGGAUGUCCCACCCCCUACUGGUCCCAUUUGGAUUCUGGGAGCCAACUUCAUCGCUCGCUACUACACAGAGUUUGAUCGUCGCAAUAACCGAAUAGGAUUUGCUACAGCAGUCUGACAGGAACAUAAACACUGGCCACAUUGCUCCAUUUUCUUUUUUUUUUCCAUCUUUGGUGCUAUGUCUUUGUCCAGUCUUUGCUUCGGUUGCUUUUCAUGAUAACUCAUGAUCACAUCUGUUUUAUAAAAUGCUAAAGACAAAUGCACGAUAAACCAGUCUACAAUUUCCAGAAAAUUUCCUACAUUCACUUUAUAUAUAAGAAAUAGAAGAUAUAUAAUUUGUACCAGUGGUACUGAACACCUUCUAAACCUUUUUUUGUUGUUGUUGUUGUUUGUUUUUUGUUUUGUUUGGUUUUAUUUAUACACAUUUACCAGCAGUUACAAAGUUUCUCUGUAUGUGAGACUGCUGAUUAUUAUCAGGCAACAACACCGGAUAUCUGUAUCUGUAAUGCAAUAACGUAGCAAGAAUAAACUUGUUUUCUGGGGUCAAAUUAAAUUUGACUUCUUUAAGGACUGCAUUGUUUUCCUUCAAGUCUGCUAAAUCUAUUUUGAACCAUGUGAAAGUCAAGGCUGAAGUUCAAAGCAUGCUGCCAGACCAGUCACAGAAAUAUGCGCCAUUGUUUACUAUAACCUUGGGUAGCAAAAAAAAUGGGAU